CUCCCCUUGGCGGCCGCCGCCGCCGCCUUCUUGGGGCCGCCGCUUGUUGACGGGAUCGGAGGCGCUCGGUGAGGGGAGCCUCAGCUCUGCCGUGCAGUUCGCGGUCCCCUCAGCGCUGAAGGAGGAGGAGGAGGAGGAGGGCCCGGCGCGCCCUCAGGCAUGAGGAGGAGGCCUCGCCGCGGGCCGCCAGCAGUAGCCGCCGCCGUGCCGAGCGUCCAGCGGCCCUGACGGGGCACACCGCCAUGGGCCCGCUGCGGCGGCGCUGGUGGUCCGGGCCGGCGCUGACGCUGGCCCUGGCCUGGGCCUUGGCCGGCCUGGGCGCCUGGAGCCGCGCCGAGGUUUGUAACAGCAUUGACAUCCGGAACAACAUGACCAAGUUCAGCUUGCUUGAAAACUGUACUGUAAUAGAGGGACACUUGCAGAUCUUGCUGAUGUUCAAAACCAAGACUGCGGACUUCCGGGAUCUCAGCUUCCCAAAACUGACCAUGAUCACAGACUACUUGCUGCUCUUCCGGGUCUACGGCCUGGAGAGCCUAAAGAACCUGUUCCCCAAUUUGACUGUGAUCCGAGGGACUCACCUCUUCUUCAACUACGCCUUCGUCAUCUUUGAGAUGUUUCACUUGAAGGAGAUUGGCCUCUACAGCCUGAUGAACAUCACCCGCGGUGCAGUGAGGAUCGAGAAGAAUGAUGCGCUCUGCUAUUUGUCCACCAUCGACUGGUCUCGGAUUCUGGAUUCCGCCGAAGACAACUACAUUAAGUCCAACAAGGAUGACAAGGAGGAGUGUGGAGACGUGUGCCCCGGAGUGGUGCAGGGGAAAAGCAGCUGCCCGGCUACCGUCAUCAACGGCAUUUUCAUUGAGCGCUGUUGGACCCAUGAGCAUUGCCAGAGAG